AUGAUAAUUAUCUUAUUUCACGAUCCAUUGACUUUCCAAGCUUCUUCUUCUUCUGCGCUGGUUCUCUCCGAUCUUGCGAUUGUUUCAUCAAAACUGACAAUAGAUCUGUUGUAUACAGUUAGAGUUUUUUACGUAGUAGCAGCGGAUUAUUUCGAGCGGCGUGUUUGCCAAAAGUCUAAUAAUAUAGAAUUCUGGAGCAUCCAAAGAGAAACAAACGACCGAGCGAAAGUGAAAUUUUCCGAGAUGAUCGGUAAAGUAGGGAGAAACUUGCAAAGUGUCUUCUGUGAUCGGCAAGUUAUAAUCUGCAAAUUGGCUCGAGCGAAGAAACUUAUUGAAAUGAAGGAUACUUAAAUUAAGGAUUGGAGAAGAUUCGUAGAAAAUUAUGGCAAAAAAAAAAAAAAAGAAAAAAAAUUCUGCUUCCAUUCACGGGAAUGUUCCAGUAUUUUUUUUAUUUAUCAUGUAACAAUGGCUUCCGCUUAUUCGAGGUAAUUUGUAAAUCGACAUGAGAUGAUCUACGGAACUUUAUUAUUAUUAUUAUUAUUUUUUUUUUUUUUUGCGUUCGUGAGUAAUAAAUUAUUUGAAACGAUGCUUAUCUAGCGUGCCUCGUACUCGUAACGAGGAGCGAUUCGUUCCUUCCAGUGACAUUUAAGACCGAUUGCAACACACCACUUGCCCAGUGAGUGUGUCCCACGGUGAACAUCUCUCAACUUUCCCCCGUCCAAAGAGAAUCUAACGACAUUUGUUCGCAUAGUGAAAAUUGCUGGGGAGGGGAAAAAUUUUUUUUUUAGAGAAAAGAAAACAGAGACACCUCGGUAGCAUAUAGUGCAAUCUUAAUUGAACCCAACGACACGAAAAAAAAAAAGGAAUAUUUCUUUCAAUUUCUAAGGCUACAAUUUGAAAGAUUGGAAAAAUUAUAAAUGUCUAAAAAUUUUGUAUCGAAUCAGUCUAAAGAUCUGAAACUUUAAAUUAAAUGUGUUGAAGAUCUAAAGAUUCUAAUUAAAUAUCCAAGAGUCAAGAGUUAAAAACUCAUAUAUACAGAUUUAAAAGAAGAAGAAGAAGAAGAAGAAGAAGAAGGAAAAAGGGAAGCACAAUUUCUAAGGCUACAAUUUGAAAGAUUGGAAAAAUUCCAAUUAUAA